AUGCAUCUCAAUCCGCUUCUCGUAGCUUCCGCCAUUCUGUUCUUCACGACCGGGGCCAACACCACUACUGCCUCUGCCACACCAGAGUGCCUGCCGAGAUGCUGGGAAAACUCGAAAUACGUCAGCAAUUGUGCCGACAACGAGCCCUGCCUCUGCGAGGACGCAGACUUCCAGAAUGCAAGCCGUACCUCCCAGGCCCGCCGCCACACUCCCUACCUCCCGGCCUCCAAGAACCCCACUGACCCCUCAUCCUGCUCCCAGGCCGUCCAUACCUGCCUAUAUUCCCAGUGCGAGACCGCCCGCUUCGCUUCAGCCAUCCACGUCGCUCUGUCGAGAUGCCCGGAGAACCUCCAAGGAGAUACCACGCCCGCUCUCCUACGACACAGCAGGCGCAAGCGGGACGCCCAGGCCUAUGAGGACGGUCACCCACCGCCGCCUCCGAAGUAUCCGCCGCCAGAUUACCCGGGCUCGGUCUACCCUCGUCCGACUCCAAGGGUUCGGCGCCAGGUUCCAUAUGGACCCGGGUCUUAUGUCAGGCAGCAGGAGAGCUAUGCUACCUCUACGGCAUAUGCUGGGCCUGCUGAGUCGCCUGUUCCGACAGCUGAUCCGUACCAGCCGCCUGGGCCGGAAGCGCCGCAUCCACCGUACGCUACGCCUGAUGCGUACCUAGGCGACGGCGCACUCUAG